AUGAAUCAGUUUAAGAUGAGAGAUCUUGGUGAACUUAGUUGGUGUCUUGGCAUGAGAAUAAAAUGUAACAGGAAACACGGGACGAUUAGUAUUGAUCAAAGCAAAUACGCAGCAAAUUUGCUGCAAAAAUGUGAAACUAAAUUGACAGAUGAGGAAAACCUUGUGUUACAUCGCAUUCCUUAUCAGCAAGCCAUAGUAUCACUACUGUAUUUAGAUCAAAGCACAAGACUGGACAUUGCGUACGCUGUGGGGGUUCUAAGUAGAUUCAAUUCUAAUUAUCGGAAAAUCCACUGGGAAGCGGUCAAACAAAUUAUGCGAUACAUUAAAGGCACAGUCAAUGUAGGAAUAGCUUUCCGAAAAAGUGGAACAACUGAAACUGAAGGUUUCUGUGAUGCUGAUUAUGCAUCAGACCUCCAUCAGCGGCUAUCAACGACUGGCUAUAUCUUCAAGUUAGCUGGGCCAGCAGUUUCCUGGACUUCAAAACGACAACAAACUGUCGCUCUAUCAACUACAGAAGCUGAGUAUAUGGCUCUAUCAGCAGCAGCGCAAGAAUUGGUAUACCUCCAAGGAUUGCUUCGUGAAUUGUGUGUUUCACAUAGUGAAAAACCAGGAAAAUUCAGUGUGAACCUAGUUCAUGAAUUGACAUCUCGAGAACUUGUGGGGGUGUUGGAAACAAUCAAUUUUACUCUUUGA